GUAAAGUCAAUUUAGUUUAGUGCGAAAGAAAAAAGAGUGAAGUAAAGAAUCACAUGUAACGCGUGGUUUGCGGUGCGCGUGAGAUGAAAAAAAAUCAAUUAAAUUAACAAAAAAAAAAAAAAAAAAAAAUAAACUUAAAAAGUUUUCAGAACUACAAAAAAAUAUUUAAAGAGACAAAAAAUAAUAUAAAAGUGUUCGAAGAAAAUUUUUCCAAAAAAUGUUGCAACCAACAAACAAGUUUACAACACAUUUAAAAUCCACCGGCGGAUGUCUCCUCACACUGUUCGUUUUAAUAUUUGUAUUUUCCAUUACCACCUUGGCUUUCAUGGAAGUGUUGCAGGACACAAAGAGCGCUGAAAGCAAUAAGAAGGCACAAGAAAAUGAAAUUAAUGAAGAAAAUGAGGUCAACGCCACAGUGGUCAGAGUAUUAAUGAGUGCCAACGAUCAACGAGUGUCAGCAAAUGGUGAAAAUGUCAGGAAAUUUUUGCUUGUCAAUAUAGAACGAGAAAAUGAUACCGAAACACUGUUGACAAGAACAAUAAAAGAGCAGAAACAACAAUUACAACACCAACAAUAUAAACGCGAUGUAGGCAAUACAGCAGAUAAUCAAAAUAACAGCAACCAAAGUACCGUUAAACAAGGUUACUACGAAGAACAACAACCGGUACUCGUACAUGCCGAAACUCUGCCCACGCUUGGUCGGCGUCAAGAUAAUUUUGGUGCGCCACCUAGCGCUUAUCAGGAUGCCUAUUAUGCGCAUCCCGGCUCUGUGUACGAUGACGAAGAAGAGGAUGACUCACAGGAGAGCGCCGAUGGUUAUCCUUAUGAGCAGCGACCAGCAGCUGGUUAUUAUGGCGAUGAUAAUGACGAUCGUAAUGCUGGUGAAGAGCGUGUUGGUGGUGAAGCGGAGAGUGUUAGCGGUGAGAUGGAGAGCGUGGGUGAGGGACGUGCUGCAGGCAACUCUGCUUAUGACUCCUACUACGGGCAAUGGCAUUACGCGACACCAGCACCGGUACAGCGACCGAAUGGCGGUUGGGAGGUCGGUGGUAAUCGGCAGUUGCAGAAUGCCGAACGUGAUCCUUAUGCUGCUUACGAUGCCGAUGGCCCAAUGGAGGAUUAUGAGUAUCCUGGUGCUUUAACGCCAUUACAAAAACAACAAUACGAACAACAGCUAUUAAAACGCCAACAACUACAACUACAACCUAGACCGCAAAACCGCCCACAACAGACCACUAUAAUAGAGCAACAACAGCAGGCGGUCCAAGGGGCCGACCUGCACAAUCGACCAUCCACCACCAGCAACAACAAUAGCAGCAACAACAACUCGCCCACUGAGAAUUCACUGUUAUCCACAUUGAAAAGCCUCAAAACCAUGUGGGAGAUUUACCAGGCGUUUUCUGCCGCUUGGAAUACGCUCGCGACACACCGAGAACGACAAGAGCAACAACAACAAGAGGCAGCAAAACGUCGUCAACAGCAAAUCGCACAACAAACGCGUAUCAAUUCGAAAAAGCCGCCCAAAAUCGGCGCAAACGAUAAAUACACACAAAGGAAUAGCAGCAGCAGCGUGGAGAGCAGUGAGGUGACGGGCGGAGCUGCCCCAAAUGCGGCAAAACGAGUUAAGCCAAACAACAGAACGACUAAAAAUCCUAAAACGACGACAAAAACAACAACAACAACGCAAAGUACGACCUCAACUGAGUUUGUGGCGAGCAGCGAAGUGGAAGAGACGGUUGCCAACAGCAGCAGUAGCGGCAACAAAAGAAACAAUGGCUCAAACGGUGAUACGAUGGCGCGCCAAAAUGCUCAGGGUAACCGUGAGAAACGUCAAGCCACUGACACAGCUGUGUCGGAAUCGACUGAUGUGGGUGAAGGGCGUUACAUCAAAGGCGAUCCACUGAAGGGCUACUACGAUUUUGUCAUCACCGAAGGCUCGUACAAAUUCUGGGCUGUUUUUCAGACUGGCACCGCAUUGCUGAUUAUUUACUCAACUUUCGCCGCCAUUUACUACUCGAAAGUAAAUCCAUUGGUGUCCGAUUAUGACUACACCGACUACUUGGGUGGCGCACGAUCGUUGACUGGUGGCGACGAUGACUUUAUCGAUGAUGACAAUGACGGAGAGGGCGCUGGUAAAAAGGCACGACGCAGCAGCUGGCUGGAUGCGAUGUUGCCACGCGCGGGACGCACAAUUAAAUAUGUACUCGAUGCGCUCGAUAAACUGCCCGUGGAUCAUCGUGAGGCGGAUGAAGCGAUGCGUAACGAACGUGCAAGAGUGGCGACGACAAAUGGACAGGCGAUUGGUGAAGAUGAUGCAACAGGAAAUGUGUAUGAAAAUGGAAAGGACGAUGGCGAUGCAACGAGACAAACCGGGGAGGAAGUUGGUAGUGAAACGACGCCUAAAGAAAUGGAGACAACGCAGCGGCAAGUGCGCGCGUAUGCGGCUUGACGGCGUUUAUGAGUGUAUGCUAUAGUAAUUUCUACCUUUGAUUGGUCACGAGACGCACAAGUACACGCUCAUUUAUAUACUUAUAUAUGUAAUAUGCCUCACAUAUUUUCAGGCGCUACAGCUUUGGCAGCUAUAAAAGUGCGCUGCCAUAAAUUCUCACGCAAUUAUUUACAAUAGUUUUCUUUAUUUACUGCUUUAUUUAUUUUUGAAUUUUUUUAUUAUUUUUUUUUUGUAUAUAUUUUUCUUAUUAUUACUGGUUUGUAUCAUGCUUGCUUCACGCGCUGCUUGCAUGCCGUCUGCUCACAUUAACGUUAUUUAUUUGUAUGCAACCCAUUCGUUGCUGCAUUUAUUUUCUGUUUUUUGUUGCGUUGCAAUUUUCCUUUUUAACUUUUUUAAUUUUUAAAUUUUUUUAUUUUUGUAUUUUCAUUUAAUUUUCUCUCCUUUGUUCACGUUCUCUCAUUGAUUUAUGGCGUAGAAUUUAUGUGGCACACACUGCCAGUCGCUGUGGCACCAACGCAGACGACACAUUUGGCACUGUCAUUGCCUUCGCAUAGCAAUUUCGACCACAGCUGCCAGUUUGUAGUGCUUUAAUUUCACUAAAAGACAUUUGAUUCAGCAGUAUUUGGUUUGGCAUUAAGCGUGUUCUGCGAACAGACGCAAUCGAAAAGCAAUCCAUUUCAUUUUUAAAUAGUAAUAUUUUAAUAAAAAAUUCUGUUUAUGUUUUUAGGUACAUAAGUGAUCGUAUUUUUAAGUAAUUAAAAUGCACUCGAAGGUCUUUUGGUGAAAUGCAAUUUUGUGUCUUGUGGCCGAACAUAACUCUUUAUAUAAAAAAAAAGAAAAUACAUAGAAAACACUAUAACGGUAUAUAUAUUUAAUGUAAAAAAUAAUUGUCUUAUGAAGGCACAGUAAGCUAUAAUAACUGUUAAUGGUAUAAACGAAAAUAAAUUUGUACGAAAAAAGUAAAAUUAGUAUACAUUUAGGAGCGGAGAAAAUUUAGACCAUUGAAA